AUGAAAGUUAAUUUUCACGGACCCGAAUUCCCAUAUCAGCGGGGAUCAGGAUAUGGGCGAAGGAAAGACCACGCCCUGUCCCUGUGCUCCGACUACGGGCGAGAUGUUCCUAGGAUAUAUAACGGGCGACGGCAACAGUGCCCUGUAGACAACUCCUUGCCGACUGUGAUUUCCGUGGCGGCCCUCGUGGCUAGCGGCAGCACCUCAUUACUUGCGAACAGCGGCGUAUAUGGAGGUUAUCACGGCCUACUUGGCGUCUAUCCAUAUACAGAUUCUUCUGGUCUGCAUCCUUACUCAUACGCAGGUGUCCUUCCUGCGGUUGCUCCUCUCACCUUGAAAACACCUUUAAUCAAGACUGUGGUUCCUGCACCUGUCUCUUACAAUGUCGGUCCUGCACCUGUAUCCUACAACGUGGCUCCUGCACCUGUGACCUACAACGUGGCUCCUGCUCCUGUCUCUUACAACGUAGCUCCCUUCGCACCUGUAGCACCUGUCCAGUCUCAGUAUCACGCUCAGGAUGAGCUCGGUCAAUACUCUUUCGGUUACGCCGGCGGUCCAUCUUCACGCGCUGAGUCUCGCGACGCCUUCGGUGUUGUCCGUGGUUCGUACAACUACGUGGACUCUGAGGGCAAGGUUCAGACUCAGCACUACGUGGCUGACGCCCUCGGCUUCCGUGCGUCCGGCACCAACCUUCCAGUGGCUCCCGAAGCUCCUUUGGCCGCCCUCCCCGGCCCCGUCCCCGAACCCGUCCAGGACACUCCUGAGGUAGUCGCUGCCAAGAUCGCCCACCAGCAGGCCUACAACGAAGCCGCAGCCGCCGCCGCUGCCGCUCCCGACACCCGUGGGGGUCAAGAUGUUCCCAAGGUAUUUAAGGCGGUGUCAUGCCCAUGGGCACCAGACAGCUCCUUGACGACUGUAAUUUCCGUGGCGGCCCUCGUGGCUAGCGGCAGCACCUCCUUGCUUGCGUACAACGGCGUAUAUGGAAGCCAUCACGGACUUCUUGGCGCCUAUCCUUAUGCAGGUUAUUCUGGUGUGCUGCCCUACGCAUAUACAGGUGCCCUUCCUGCAGCUACUCCUCUCACCUUGAAAACACCUGUAAUCAACACUGUGGCUCCUGCACCUGUCUCUUACAAUGUCGGUCCUGCACCUGUAUCCUACAACGUGGCUCCUGCACCUGUCUCUUACAAUGUUGGUUCUGCACCAGUAUCCUACAACGUGGCUCCUGCACCUGUGACCUACAACGUAGCUCCCUUCGCACCUGUAGCACCUGUCCAGUCUCAGUACCACGCUCAGGAUGAGCUCGGUCAGUACUCCUUCGGUUACGCUGGCGGUCCUUCUUCACGCGCUGAGUCUCGCGACGCCUUCGGUGUUGUCCGUGGUUCAUACAACUACGUGGACUCUGAGGGCAAGGUUCAGAGUCAGCACUACGUGGCUGACGCCCUCGGCUUCCGUGCGUCCGGCACCAACCUUCCAGUGGCUCCCGAAGCUCCUUUAGCCGCACUCCCCGGCCCCGUCCCCGAACCCGUCCAGGACACUCCUGAGGUAGUCGCCGCCAAGAUCGCCCAUCUGCAGGCCUACAACGAAGCCGCAGCCGCCGCCGCUGCCGCUCCCGACACCCGCUAG